AUGGCUAUUUAUGAUAGUGAUAAAUUCAGUUCGUUGUGCAAUGAAAAAGAUGUAGAGCUUAAGGCUGCCCUAUCAGAGAAGCGAAGCUUAGAAAUGCGGCUUCCAAAGUUGAGUUCUCAAGGUUCAAAGAAAACUAUUCCGAAAGAGUUGGUUGACACAAAUAAUCAGGUCUUUGAAAAGAUCCAUGAAGAGUUGAAAGCUCGUUCUAUGUUGCAUACCGCAGAAGAAACAAAAAAGAGGCUUUUGAGUGAAAAAUCAUCACUUGAGGAAAAAAUUGUAGAGCUGGAAAAGAAGAAAUCAAGUGAGGAUGAACAUGCAUAAUUGAACCAUUGCUUCAAUACAAGUACUAUUGGAAGAUCGGACUAUUCAAAAGUUAUAACUAGUAGGAUUAGAAUAUAAUUAAUGACUUGCUUAUUAUUUUUUCUUACAAGUAC